CCCUCACAUGCAAGCGGAGACACAAAAAUAAUUAUUGAUCUACAACUACAAGGUCACGCUAUCUACUAACUACUUACUUACUGUAACUUAGGUACCGUUCAUUGAUUCAAGCGUCAGCCAUGUUGACGAAAAUGGGGUGGUGUUCAGCCGCGCCGCUGGUGUUGGCAGUGGCUUUGCAAGCACUUUACGGGAUUGGUCCAUCGAUGGCAACGGUUUAUCACGCCUAUCCGGACCCUUCGUGCCAAGAACAAGCCAUAGCCAAGCAGGGAAAGCUGUGCACUGUGGGAGGAAAGAGUUUUUCCGAAUGUAUUUCUUCAUUGAAAGUUGCAGGUGAUGAAUGUAGGCUACAUGCAGGGCGCUAUCCAUUCCGAGGAGACCCGCUGCCCGUUAGAGGUCUGCAUGGAACGGAGGAGAAACCUUUCGUGAUCGCAGCAGCCGUUGGAGAGGAGGCCGACGUUCUGCUGGACGGUACUGUUUCUGUGGCAGCUGAUAAUGAUUGGGACGUGUACACGUUCCACAGCCAGAUCUAUAUGGCUCCUGCACAGAUUCACUUCUGGCAAAUGUUCGUGGACGGUGAGAUGCAGACAGUGGCAAGAUGGCCCGACGCGCUAUGGAGAGAUCGGAGCGUGUUCAACGCCAGUAAUUGGGCGCACUCGACGAACACCAGCAACGCCACUGCUGGCAUAAUGGUCGAUGACCGCACUCAUGAUUAUGGUGUUCCAUUCAAUUCUAUGGACAUCAUUGGGGCCGUGGUAGUGCUCAACACAGGCAGCUUUGAAACAUACACAUCAACUGUUAUUAGCCAUGAGCAGCUAUACGCUACUUUCACCUACAAUAUCACUGAACGGGCCGGAGAACGGCACGACGAUCCGUCUGAUGAUCGGUACUACCUUGAAGGAAACUUUGACUUUCUGGAUCAGCCGUCGGAGUGGCUGUAUGAUAGGGUCAAAAACUUGACAUACCUCAUUUCUGGAGACGGCAGCUAUCCUGGCAUUCACAAGAUCACAGGCAAAGUGUCGACAUACGCUCUGAACUUCACCAAUUGUAGCUACGUUCAGCUUGCCAACUUGACGUUCUUUGCCACCACAAUAUGGGCAUCAAGCGUUGCAGAGCAUCCACUACCGACGUUCAUUGAUCAUUUGACCAUCUCGUCAGUAACAUUCACCUAUCCUAGUACCAGCAAACGAGUGCUGCGGGAUCUCAGUCCACCGCUUUCAACAUUGAUCAGCAGUCGCUUUUACCAGCCAGACUCCUCGGAUAUUAUGGUGAGAAACGUGGACACUGAUCUCGAGAAAUGGUUUGCCGGCGGAGACGAUCGAGAUCAUGGUUUCCACGCAGUUUACAACAGUACGUGGAUGUACACGGAUGGCCCUGCUCUGACCGUGCAGGGUAGACACUGCAACCUUAGCAACAACCACUUUGCUUACAAUGAUUGGUCUGCGGCGGACGAGAUCACUGCAGACGGUGGCGUGGGUACUAUAAAUAACCAACGUGGAUACGGCGAGUACUUUGGACACAACACUCUCUACAUGAACGGUGCAAGUUCAGGCUAUCGACCACCACCGCAAUCCACUGUGGAGUUUAAUCACAUCGUUGGCCAGUGCUGGGGUGACAUUCAACACGAUGGUGCUGGUAUUCAGGUGCUGGCCACAAGCCAAGCAGGCACACACCUGUCAAACAACUGGGUGCACGACUCAGUCAAGUACGGCCUGCGCUUCGAUGGCCAGCCACCCAGCAUUGGCAUCAAUGGCUCGAUGUCGGGCAACGUUGCCUGGAACUCUGGUGGCUUGGUGGUGAAGGGAGAUCACCACGUUGUGCGCCACAAUCUAGCAUUCGACCUGCACAAAGAAACACCCGAGAUGAUUGCAGCGCAAAACUGCAGCCUUUGCGUUGACGGUUACGUCCGAGACAACCCAGUGCCCAUCAACAAGUUCACGCUUACUGUAAAUAAUGCAGCCGACUUUAUCAACGGCGGUACAGGCAGUGGUGGGCACAGCAAGGUCAAGAAAGUGGAACCACUGCCCGGGACAGUGUAUGGCAACAUCCAGACAGACGUCCGAACAGAGGUGAUGGACGCUGACAACCUAGACUUUCGACCUCGCAAGAACUCAUCCUUCUUCAAGUAUGGUGGCGUAGGGCCGUAUACACCCAGUCUGGAUCACUGGAGACAGUACUGGAUUCCAGGUCGGAAGGCCUACAAAGCAAGUACACCAAUACCACCACACGGUAGCACUACCGUCAAAACAGAUCGCGACUCUGUGAUGUGGCUGAUGGCUCUGCAAACACUAUCUUGCCAGGUUACAUUCCUGACCUCGUGCAAUGUUUCAUCGCACCAGCGUGAUCGGGACGGAGACAAUAGGCAGAACAAAAUUGGUCACGAGCCCAAGUCAACGAGUGAGUAUCUCUGGGUGAGUGGUGCGUUUCCACCAUGGGAGAAUGUCUACUACCUACCGACUAAUCUGAAACCCGAGACGAAGUACUGUUGGAAAGUGGAUACGUUGGUUACUGGAGGUGAUAUCCUUCAAGGUGACGUGUGGUCUUUCACAACUAUGUAACUUGAUUAUGACACAACGGUAAUUAGUAAUUUAGUUUUGUGCGAGUAACAUGCUCUAUUGUUCAGAACCUGCUACAGUCGUGUAAGUUAGGGUCACUUGAGUCAACUUACUUUAUGGUCCAGUCUGAUGGAUUCUCAAGCUAGUUUGCCGGGAAUGUUUUACGUGGCGGGUGACAUUCCUUUGUUAUUGCAAGCACUUGCAAGCGAAAAAACACGCCAGAGGUUACAUUAAUUUUAGGUGUUUUACAAGGGGUAGUAAGUUAGCAACAUGUCAUGGAAUUUAUGAUACGUUGAAGUACCAUUA